AUGGCAUCAGUUAUGGAAGAUAUUGCAUUCUUAAAUAAAAUGGGGGCAGCUUUGAGGAAUUUCACUCUGGUGAGUGAAAUACCCAAAGAAGAGGUGCUGCUGAUAUUAACAGAUUGCCAUACAGAGUCAUAUUGUUCCGCAGGCGAUGCGACUUGGAGCGGCGGCAUAGGAAACAGCCGCGGCGGUGCAGGCAACAACCGCGGCGGUGCAGGCAACAUCCGCGGCGGUGCAGGCAAAAACCGCGGCGGCCCAGGCAAAAACCGCGGCGGCCCAGGCAAAAACCGCGGCGGUAAUAGCAACAACGGCGGCGGCACGGGCAACAACCGCGACGGUACGGGCAACAACCCCGGCGGCACGGGCAACAACCGCGGCGGUACGGGCAACAACGGCCGCGGUACGGGCAACAAUGGCGGCGUUACAGGCAACAACGGCCGCGUAAACAAACGCGGCGGCCAUAUGGAUUCAGAAAAUUUCAUAGUGAAAUUUAUAGAAAUGUACAAAGCCCAUACUUGUUUGUGGUCAAUAAGUGACGAGGCAUAUCAUAAUAAACAAAUGCGCAAUAAUGCGUUAAAUUCAAUGCUGCCGGCAUUUAAAGAAAUUAAUCCAGAUGCAACCAUAGCCACAGUGGCUAAAAAAAUUAAAAGCAUUAGGAGCGUUUUUAACAAGGAAGUUAACAAGGCAAUUGAAUUAAUGUACGAAAAGGAGGAAAGUACAUUAUCUCUCCUACCAGUAUUUUAUGAUGGCGGCGAAAACGUAGAAAUAUACUUCGAAAAAUUCUUCAAAGAGAAGAAAACUAUAAUCUACACGCAUAAAAAGUCCACAGACGACCAAGCAAGUUGGUGCAAAAGUGGGCCUGGCCCACAGCAGAAAGGAGAAAAUAAUAAGGGCGGCGAUAGUCGCGGCGGCCAAGGAUACAAUCGCGGCGGACGAGAUAAAAACCAGGGUGGUCAAAAAAACAACCGCGGUGUCCAAAAUAAUAAUCGCGACGGGCGAGGCGACCGCGGCGGUUAUAAUGCUGCCAGCCGUGGCAGUGAUGAUACUGCCCACCAUGGCGGUUAUAGUGCCGUCCGCGACGAGAAGAGUGCCGUCUGCGAUAACGUCCGCAGUAUUCCUAAACCGACUGUUAAAAUGAUUCAGAUAAAUUGUAUAAAAUGCUCAACGAAUGAAGAAUUAGACUGUUUAGAAGAAAAGCUGAAAAAUAUGGACCGGCGGAACAAACAAGAAGCAAUUGAUUACAUCAAUGAUAAAAGAAAUGUAUGA